AUGGAUUUCAAAAAGGUAGAUGAGCUCCCCGUUGAGCUCAACAUCAUCACCCUCAAUUGCUGGGGUCUCUUACACCUAAGUGCCCACCGCGCCGAACGUCUUACCGCCAUCGGCCGCGAGCUUGCCGCUGCUGAUCCACCACCUCAUAUCGUCGGUCUUCAAGAGUGCUGGACCCAGGAAGAUUACCGAAGCAUCCGCCGCGAAACACGCUUCGUCCUGCCCUUUGGCAAAUUUUACCAUGGUGGCGCGUUCGGUGCCGGCCUCGCUAUCCUCUCGCGAUGGCCCAUAGAAGAGAGUACCAUGUUUCGGUAUCCAUUAAAUGGCCGGCCAACCGCUUUUUAUAGAGGAGAUUGGUAUGUCGGGAAGGGUGUUGCCUGUGCUAGAAUUCGGUUUGGGCCCGCUGAGAAGGAUAUCGUGGAGGUUUUCAACACACAUACCCACGCCAUCUACGAGCAUCCACCGGAUAAGACGGAUAGCUAUUUGGUUCAUCGCCUAGCGCAAGCUUGGGAGAUGGCUAAACUAGUUCGUGGUGCUGCCGAGAGAGGACAUCUAGUUGUCGCGCUCGGUGACUUCAACGACGUGCCCUUGUCCCUAACGUAUCGCAUAUUAACCGCUCACGCCCCGAUUAAAGAUGCUUGGCGCGUGGUAAAUCCGGACUCAUCCCUCGGCGCCGCAGUUCACGAAACUGAGCGCGCGCGCCGGCGGCCAAUACCCACUGCAGCAUUUAAUAUUGCCGAAAAUGGCGUCACAAGCAAUAGCGCGUAUAAUACGUGGACCUGGCCCAAAUCCCAGCAGCGGGCCGCACAGUCAGGAAUGAGGCCCAUGAUCGUUGAUCCCAACAAGCCGGAUCCGCGCGGCAAGCGUAUCGAUUAUAUCUUUUUCUCACCCCAGGUCGCAUCGACCCCAAAUCCCAUUCUGAGAAGCGUUCACGAGGCAGCGGCACGAGCAAGUCGCGACACCGCCGGCGAAAAUGGCAUCAGUAAAGGAUGGGUUGUCAAGGACAUUCGUGUGGGCAUGCUCGGCAAACAUCCUGAAUUAGGAUGCUCACUCAGUGACCACUUUUCUGUAGAGGCGACUUUGCUCCUACAUACAUCCAACUCCAUACCAGUCUCUCACCCUUCUUCGCCCCUUAUUUCCUCCCCCUCCGAGUCCAAGGGCCAUGGCAACAAUUUCGACAGAAUAGUCAGCAUAGACUCACAUCCUUCAACUGCUGACCACGUCAGGACGGACCACGCUGCCUCCCUCCUCGCUCUCGAGCACGGGACUUACCUCCAAUCACCCACAGGCUCCGAAGUCCGCGUCGGCUCUUCCAACCACCGCGCUUCCUUCGAUGCGCAGCUCUCCUCCUUCGCCGAAAACUCACCAUCUCCCACUUCCCGCGCCAAAUAUGACGGGCUGCCCUGCAAUACCUACGACGAGAUCAUGUCUUUAAUCCACGCCUACGCCGCGCGCGAACGCUCUCAGCGCUACUGGCGGUUUAUGCACUGCGCCGCGUGGGCCUUCGUCGUCCUGGGGUGCUACGUCGCAGUAUGGUUCGCGCCGUUCCGCGCCAUCUCCUUCGCGUUCCUGGUCGUCAGCAGCCUCGGCUUCCUAGCCGGCGCCGUCGACGGACUCAUAGCGCUGCUGUUCUUCGGCACCGAGCUCCGCAGCCUGCAGGAGUUCGAGUGGGAGAUCAUGAACACCAAGGCCACCGCGAGCGGCGCCCAGGGACUCGCAGUGCAGCAGCAGCUCGACACCGAUGACCAAGGUACUAUUGGCGGUGGUGGUGGCGAUGAGAAAUGGUGA